CAGCUGCUUUUGCCGAUAUCUAACCAUAUGACGUGCCCAAAAUUAUUCAUUUUUCAAAAAAUAAUCCCUAAUAGAGAAGUUUCCAGCUUUAUACAGAUAAAUAAACACACAAUUGCGACAAACCAUAAAAAAAUUAGAUUAAUAAAAGGUUCAAUUUUUAUGCCAUUUACGACGAAUGGGUCAUUUUUGACCCCCUUCUGCAUCUUCACAGUACGAUGACAUCACUUAAAUUUAAUCGUACCAAUGUCACAUUGAGCACUUAUAUAAGCUAUUCUCAUAGUCGACUCAACACCAAUUCUAUUGGAUUGGUGUCAGGAGGUAAACAAAAAAAAUUUUAUUUAGUUAAUUUAUUCUAUACGAGAACGUCCUUCCUACUAAUUUUAAAAAAUCCGUUACAAUAUCUGAAAACAUUUAUUUGCCAGUUGGUGUUACUUCAAUACUUUGGUGUGAUGGCCAGAAUGAAUUCCUCAGAUAGAGCUAAAAGCACUGUAUAUAAGGCAUAAAUUUCAAAAAGAAAAACUUUUAGAACUCUGAUGGACUCUCUAGCUUUUUUUUUCUAUUUCACAACUUUUAUCAAACUGAUAUUCCAACGGAGAGAACAUUAUAAAUGAGAAUUUUCUUAUUGAUAGUGUAACUAAAAUGAAAAAAAACUAAAUAGAAUGAUACGAAUUGAAAAGUCCUAUUCAUGGAUAAGUUUAAGACAAGCGAAAUCAACAAGUAAAAAUAUUCAAGACCUACAUUACAAAGAUAUUUUGAGCAUUGUUCUAUAUUCGACUUUCAUCAUAAUAAAUCAAAAGUAAAAAUUUUUAACUAUGUUAAUCUGUUUCGUUCUUCAAACUUUGCUCUUUUAAACAAAAACAAUUCAAAUGAAGUCAAUAUUCAGCUUUUGAGAAAUGAGUCUUGACAUUAUUUUUUUUCGAAGACUUUUGCAUAUUUUAUUGUAUAUAAAAAUACUUAUUAAUUAUAAAAAGAUAUUAUCUUAGUGCGUAUAAAAACAAAGUAAAACGAUUUUGAAGAACGUUUAUUAAUAAUAUCGUUUCUAUUCUCAAUUCUCGCAAGGAACGACACGGGAAAAAAUCGUUCUUACAGAACAUUACUUUUUAUACAAAUAGAAAGAGUUAAAAAUAAACCAAAACAAAUGUCAACUCUGACAGAUGUAUUGUGGGAAGAGAGAGAAAGGGCGAUUUUUAGCCUUUGCUUCCAAAACAUCUCGUAGAAGAAAGCAUUUGAGAAUUUUGAAUAUAUGACAAUCUUUGCUCUCUAUCCAUCAAGAUCUAUCUAUGCUGGAAAAUUCAAAAUUUUCUAAUGAACUGUUGUCGGGAAGGAAGGGUAAUAUUCAUUAAAUCGAAACUUUAUAGAAUAGAAACCAUUUAAAGCUAAACUAUAUCUGAAUGGUUAAUGAUUUGAUAAAUCUCUUUAUAAAAUCAAAAACAAUUCUUCAUUUGAAAUAAUGAGAAGAUUACCAACGAUGUGCAUGCAAAUGAUUACUUCAAGUAGAAUAAUAUUUUACGAUUUUCUAUUUAAUCUGAAUAUGGAGUACAAUCUGUUCUACUUGUUUUCUUGAAUAUUAAAUCAGUUAGAAAAGAAAGUCAGCCUAGGUUUUCUUUUCUUUUUAUUAAUGCUUUCAACCAUUCCCUAAGAGAAUACAAAUAUAUUAAUCUUUUUUUAAAUAAGUUCACUAUGAAAAACAAAACAAGGAUAAAGAUAUUUUAUUAGACUAUACAUUUUAUAACAUUCAUUUUAAAAACAAUUUUUCAAUACAAAAAAAUUUAAAAUAAUUUUUACAUUAAAAUUCAUCAGCUCGCAGAUAUAUCCAACCGUCUAUCUUCAAUAAAAUUUCAAAGAAAAAUAACAAUGGUUUCAAUAUUGAAUAUACUCAAAUGUAUUAUUAUAAUGACACUACUUUUUUGUUGUCAAUAUCAAGCAACACUCAUCAAUGACGAUGACAAUGAAUUGAUUGAUUUCAUUUUUGGUGAUGAUCUUCGUGAAUUAUUACCUAGUCAACAAAAUCACUUAUAUCAUCAACAAUUUCAACGAGCUUCAUUACGUUAUCAUCCACAUAUUCUCUAUAAAAAAGCUAGCCUUAAGCCAAUUAUUGGUAAAAAUGGAGAACUUAUCUUUAGUAAACGAAAUGAUGAAUGA